UUUGUCAGACAUUGUCAGCAAUAAUGUCGCAAGAGACUCACAAGUGCUUACUAACAAGACAAACCAAAAUAUCCUCAUUUGCUCCACAGCAUCCGUCUGCAAGAUGGCAUGAUAAAUUAAUUAAUUUUAUUAGAAAACAGUUGUUGUUAAACGAAAAUGAUAUAAGGUGCCGCAACUUCUUAAAAACUGGAUCAGCCUUAAGAGCAGAACAAAGAAAACAUUCCAGAGGCAAGUAUUGGUAUAUCAUUCAUCCGUUUAGUCGAUUGAGUCAGAUUGUACAAAUUACGUUUCUGUUUACUGUACUGCACAGAAUGACAUUUUCGAUGGCUAUGCUGGCGAAUCCAUAUUGGUACGAGUUCUCAGGUAAACUUAGAGAUGGCUUUCAUGGAAUCUGCAUGUUCACCUUCUUUUUUACUGGCUAUGUAGAUCGAAGAACCAAGCAUAUAUUUAUAAAAACCUCACAAACUGUCACUCAUUAUUUGCUGACUUAUUUUUUAAUUGACUUAUUUCUGCUUUUUGAAGACAACAGUGAGGAAAUAAUACAGAUGUUGCUAGAGUAUCUGCAAGUAGAGCCAGACCAUAAACUUGAAACAAGACAAGUGUUUGCUGUGCCUAUGAAUAUGACCGCUUUUAUGUGUUAUUUAAUUCGUUUAAUCAGUUGUAUGCCCACCAUUACUAACAUUUUCCUCAACUUUGGUUGUGGAAGGCUGACAAUAUUUGUAGUAACGCAUUUAGUGAUCUGCACAUUUAUUCUGAAUACUUUUACGUUUCUGGUAUAUGAUAUACCUUAUAACAUAUAUUUUAAAAAUAAGCAUUUUCCUAAUAAUUCUUGGGUCAUUUUACGAAAUCAGAGUUUUGAGAAAUACACUGUGGAUACCUAUAUGGAAAGUUUUCUUUUAGUAAUUUGUUAUUUUGUCGGAUCUUACCACUACGAUGUUAUAAAACAGCCUUGUGAGCAAGUGAUGAUGUUCAUUUUUACAUUUUGCGGUAGAGCAUACUUUUUGGUUAUCAUUGGAAGGAUUUUAGCAAAGUUUGGAGUAAGCGACAGAGCAGAGAUAGAAUACGAAAAUAUGUUGAUUCAGUUGCACAGUUUCAUGAAUUCACUGGAUGUUCCUUUAUUCCUUCAAAAUCAAAUUGGAGAAAAGUUUGAGUAUAAUUACCAAAAAAAAUUUUUCAAUACCCAGCAAAUGAUAAAAGUACUAACGAGUCAUUUAAGAACAGAAUUAUUUCUUUUUGGAUCUAAGAAACUAAUAAGUAUGAAUAGUUUUUUAAAACUUCUUACAUCUCAAGAAUUAGGAUCUCUCUUCGCUCGGAUGAAGUCGACUGUGUACAGUUCUAACGAGGUUCUAUUAGGCAACUAUCAAUCUUCCAAUAACGUAUUUUUUAUACUUUCUGGUACCGUAGCGGCUUUCGUUGGUGAGACUGAGGCCUACCACCUCCAGGAUGGUGAUGUAUUUGGUCUGCAGUCACUUUUCUUAGACGACCAAAGUCAAGUUGACUUUCCUAUUUACGUCAUGACGUUGGAGCCUACCGAAAUAUAUUAUGUGCAUAAAAAAUAUAUUCUAUCCCUUAUGGAUUCCAAAGCUGAUGUAUUCAGGUACUUUCAUGCUCUUUAUCUCGAGAGAAUUGAACGUUCUACAGAGGCAACCUUACGAAGACAUAGAACGGGACAAGACGUUAGAGACCUUCUUAAAACUGGAUCACUUCUUGAGCGACGAAGAAUGAGAGCAACUGCGAAUUUUGAAUAGGUUACAAAUGAAUUUUGUUUAUACUAGUUUAAUCGAUUUGUUUAUGAAAUAAAAUUAAAAUAGUA